AUGCUUAUAAUUAUUGAUCAUUUUCAUAUUGCUAAUUUGGCAAUUCAUAAACUUCGUCAACUUUCUGAUAGGCCAACUUUUAAAAUGCAAUAUCUGACUUUAAUGCGUUGGGCUACUUUCGCAGUAUCAGCAUCACAAGUAAUAACUAUGAAGGAUUAUUUAAAG